GGAGAACAAUGGAAAGAAAGCUAUGCUGGAUUGCUCUUCAUAAGGAACCACCCUGCAAAAUUAAGGGUGCUGAGAGGUGAUGAAUAAUGUGUGAAUAAACCCCACGAUUAGAGCUUAUUAUUAUCCAUGUAACGCUGCAGUUUUAACAUCUUUAUUUUAGUUUCAUUGCACUAAGUUACUAAUUUAAAUUAAAGAGCAAUUUAAAUGAAAGGCCAAUGGAUAAUUGCUUUCCUCUAUUGCCUGAAACUCUUUGAAGUAAUUUACUGUAUCACUACAAAUCACCUAAAACCAUUUAGUCAAAUAUACUAAGGGAGGGUCAAAUGGAGGGCAGCUGUAUUUUGAGCAAAUUGAAUCUCAACUCUUGAGAAUGGAUUUCAACCAGAUUUUUAAUUUCAGUGCUUUAUCCAUAGGUCAUCGCACAUCCCCCCCCCCGCUCCCUUUCUUUCAGAGAAAUGCACCCCCAGUUAUAUAUUUUAUCUGAAUAUUGAAGUUGUCCCUCUUGCCUUUAUUCCAAAACUUUAUAGCUGUCCAUUAGCUUCUGUUGGUCUUUGUUACAAAAUUUUGUAUUCCUUGCUUUCCUUUUUAUAUUUACUGGCUGCUUCUUCUUAAUGGAGCUCAAGGUGUGAUAUACAUUGCCCCCUGCCAUCCCAUUUUAUCCUCACAACACUGAGAGAUAGAGACUGACCCAAGGCCAUCUGCUUCGUGGCUGGCUGGGGAUUUGAAUGUGGGUUUCCCCUGUUGUAAUCAAAAACUCUAACCACUACAUCACAGUGUGUAGAAGGUCCUUUCUGAAGUCCACUGAUGUUGGUUCAAAGAUUUUGUACCAAAUUUUGUAACAAAGACCAACAAAGACCUUGGGAAGUGUAGAUGCCAGGUGAAAGUGGAAAAUCUCAAGUGUGCAAAGGAGAAUUUCCUCACACUGUCUAUGAUUUUCUUGGGUGCUUCUGUCCAUCAUAAGGAUGGUGUUCUGGUGAUGGUCGUGAUCUUCUGCCAGACUUCGGUCCUGCCAGAUGCCCGGCAUUGCCCUCCUGUGUGCCCAAAGCAGGAGUGGGAAACCUGUGGCCCUGCAGAUGUUGUUGGACAGCAACUCCUACCAGACCCACCUGGCAUGGCCAAGAGUCAGGAGUGAUGGAAGCUGGACUUCAGCAACAUCUGGAGGACCACAUAUUCCCCAUUAUACUACAACGUAUAAUGUCAACCUUGUGCAGUAUGUUAUCUAUGCCUUCUUUGAAUAUAUUUAACUAUUUCACUGUAUUGUUUGUUUAACAGACUUGAAUCGAAGGAGCCUUUCCUGUCUGUUGGGUGAGUAAGAACCUGUAGCUGAGUACUGUAGUUUUGCUUUUAAUUUCACAGGCUACCCAGCUCUCUUAAUGUCUUCAACAAGAUUUAGGGUUUAGUACCAUCAUUGCUUUACUGUGGCACUCAUUAAAAUUUGGGGGGAUGGGGAUAGAGGAGUGAUCACAAAAAGCACUGUAUUACACACAGAUACACACACACACACACAUUUUGGUUGGAGAUUUUUCUCAGAAACUAUUCAGUUAUACAUAACUGGUGUAGUUCAAUUUCCAACUACAGUAUUGUCUUGCUUAAUUUGAAGGUCUAAUCACAAAGUGAGCAGCUUUGCUGGUUUAUUUAGUAAUACAUUUAGCUGCAAUCUAAGUAGCGUUCGUACUGGCCUGAUGUUUUCUCUGAUUUACUGGAAGUUAAAUGUAUUUUUUUCCUAAUUUCAUUAACUUUUAUUAGCCAUAAACAUAUGAUCAGAUGAACAUCCUAGCUAAUUGUUUUUCCUCUGUGUGACCUUAAUAUAUACCCUGAAUAGUCUUCAUAAUGGAAAAAGUCAACUGAACAUAGGAUCACGUCCCCUUCCUUUAUUGGUUACAUUAUUGCUUUCCUCUUCUGUUUCUGUCUCUUUCCUGUAUGCGUUAUCCAAAGAAAUAUAUUUGCUUGUGCUUUUUUGCAGUUGCAUACAGACAACCAUUUCCUUACCAGUUAAUUUUUGCAUUUUUUUGUGAUAUUUCACUUGAUGUAAAACCGACUUCUAGAAAUCUAGCAGAAUCUAGCAGAGCCACCAUAAGCCUUGACUCAAGUGCUCCAUCUUCCCCUUAUUCCAAAGUACAUGUAAUAAGAAGUUCUGAAGCAGAAUUUCCCAAACUUGGGUCUCCUACUGAUUUUGGACUACAAUUCCCAUCAUCCCUGACCACUGUUCCCUACAAUGAAGGGAAUUGUAGUCCAACAACCGCUGGAGACCCAAGUUUGGGAAACACUGUUUUAAAGCUGCUGCUGUUGAUUUUGAACUUCCUUCCCCGUGAUAUUCAAAUUUAAGGAAGUGUGCCAUGUUCUACCUAUGCUUAGCUAACAAACCAGAAUAUCAAAUCAUAGUUUGAUCCCAGUUUGCUUUAUCUAUCCAUGGUUAGAAUACGCCACAGUUCCUACAGAUUCAGAUAUCCCGAAGUACACAAGCAUACCUUGGAGAUAGUGUGAGUUUGGUUCCAGACCACUGCAAUAGGCUGAAUAUUGCAAUAAAGUUAGCCAUUCAAAUUUUUUUUGUUUCCCAGUACAGUGGACCCUUGGGUUGCAAACGUGAUCCGUGCGGGAUGCACAUUCUCAACCCACUAUGGCGCGUCUGUGCACGCGCAGGUUGUGAUUCAGCGCUUCUGCGCAUGCGCAAAGCACGAUUUAACACUUCUGCGCAUGCGCGACUGCCAAAACCCGGAAGUAACCCGUUCCGGUACUUCCAGGUUUUGGCAGUCCGUAUCCCAAAAAAACACAAACCUGUAGCAUCUGUAACCCGAGGUAUGACUGUACAUAUAAAAGUUAUGUUUGCACUAUACUGCAGUCUAUUAAGCCAGGCCCCACCGGCUGCAAAGGGAGAAAGGUGAAAACCCACUCCAGCCCUAGCCAGCUCCACUUCCAUGAGGGGGGGGCACUUCCUUCCCCUGGAAGCAGCCAAGCUGCCUACAGCUGCACCCCUGUAGUGAGUUCUAAAGUGGAAACCUUUUACAUUGGUACGGAUGGGAGCCUUUUUAUUCUGAAAUCUCUCCAACAUUUGAAGAAGAGCGGGAGGCAGCCGUUGAAGGAGGUUUCCUUAAGAGACCUGGCUACCGGCAGUCAUAUUGCACUAGGCAAGAAGCUAUACUUCAAACAAAGGGUAGUUUUCUUUAGUGGACCAGUCUCUGAGCAACAAGCACUUUAGGUGAAUAGGUUUGAAGUGUGAAGGCUGAGCCAAGAUUACCAAAAAUAAUCCUGCAAAUUAGCUUUGCAAAAGGUUUAGCCGGUCAGAUUGGUUAGAGAGACAAGAAGGCUGUAAUUAACAGCAGUGAUGGCAUGAGUGUUUUCACAUCUAUAUCAUAGCAGAUUCCGAUGAAGAUCGCAAAGUAGCUAUGCGUAGGAGUAAAGAAACAGGAAGCUAACGGAUAAAAAUACAGGUGCGGUGGUAAAAUGUAACGUUAAAAGUGGCCAAAACAUCUUUCCCUCACCUCCAUUUUGUGAAUGUAACAGCGCUGCUAGAUCCAGCCAGAGGGCCAACUGUUCCAGUGUCCUGUUUUCAAAGUUGCCAUCAUAGAUUAUCAUGGGAAACCCACAAACAGAACCCAAGCACAAUAGCACUCUCCCCACCUGUGAUUCCCAGCAACUGAUAAUCAGAGGCAUACUGCUGCCAACAGUGAUAGUGGAACGUUUUGCCCAGUGACCACAUCCAUGCCUUCCUUUCCACGGCACAGGGAUUGGGAACCUGUGUUCCUCUGGAUAAUGUUGGACUACAGCUGGUCACUCCAGCUGGGGCUGAAGGGACUUGGGAAUCCAACAACAUCUGGAGGGACAUAGGCUUCCCAUGCCAUUAUACAAGGAAAUCAGCUCUGUUUAUUGAUUGCGUGCACAGUUUGAUGAUUGUGGCUUAGUAUACAGCUUAGAUGUAUGUAUCGUUUCAUCUGUUCUAAACCUGCCUUCCCAAAUGUGUUCACCAGAGGUUUUGGAGCCCCCACUCCUAUCAGACCCAGGUUUCUUCACUGGCAAUGUGGGGGGGGGGGCAACCAAGAAGGUAAAUGAUAUAUUAGUAGCUUCUGCUGACCACAGGACUGAAAAGGAUUUGGUGUUUUAAGUCUAUUUUAAGUCAAGUGGGAGAUAAAAAUUCCAUUACAUGUUUGCAAUUUAAUUAACACAACCUGUUCCUUCUUAUUUCAUUAAGGGCCCAUUAUAAGAGUAAUCAUGACUAGUGAAAGAUUAUCAUUGCUUUUACCGGGUGCUUUGGCUAAGUAAGAAAUUGCUUAAGGCCUCAGCAGAUCUCUGCAAUUGCAAAGCAACUUCUGUGGGCUUCAUGAGCAAAAAAGACCUGUUUCAGAACGAUUCCCGUUCAUUUCGGUGAAGGAGUUUGCGAAAAGCUCUUCUCGGCUGCUUGCAAGGUGAAAACUGAAAGCACUAUCUUGGCAGCAGCUUUCAUUAGUGUUGAGAGUACUGACAAAUGAUUCGGAGCUGGCUCAGCCUUCCAAGUCUCCUAUUUUCCUGCUGCCUUCUCUGAGAGUUAAUUUAGUUCUGACUGGAUUGUCAAGUGCUAAUGACUUGUAUAGAUGAAGUAUUAAUGGUCACACUGGUGUCUUCUUCUGCGCAGGGGGGAAAAGUAGGUGUAACACUAAAUGAAUCAAUGCUCGCCAUCACACAACUGCAUGCUGGGGUUGUUGUUUUUGUAUUGGAUAGUGGAGGGAGGGUUCAUUACCACACAAGGAGAAGAGAUUUAGCCCAGGGGUCAGAAACAAUUUUCAUCCAAAUGGCUGUUGUGAUCAAACGUCUGGGGGCUGCAUCAUCAUCAUCGUAGUUGUUGCUGUUAUACCACCCUUCAUGACAAGAUCUCAGGGCGGUUCACAGAAUAAAAUACAAGAUAAAAACACAAGUUUUAAAACAAAAUGAAAUAAUAAUCCCUUCCUUCCCACAGACACAUUUAAAAGGCUGUAGAUUAUUAAUCAGACAAAGGACUUGUUGAAAAGGAGUGUUUUCACCCGUUACCUAAAAAUAUAUAAUGAAGGUGCCAGGCAAACCUCCCUGGGGAGAGCAUUCCACAAAUGGGGAGCCACUACAGAAAAGGCCCUGUUCUCGUGUUGCCACCCUCCGGAUCUCACAUGGAGGAGGCACACUAAGAAGGGUCUCACAUGAUGAAUGCAGAGUCUGGAAUGGUUUAUGCCAGUGCUGGUGUGGCUAGAGGGAGAACUGAGUGGACUCACUUAUGUAACUCAUUACUUUUGUACAAUAGGCUCCCAUACAACAUGCAGAGGUUCUACACAUGCAAACAUGCCUGCCUACAUCCUUCAUGCAAGCAAGAGGUAUUACCGUUCACGGCGGCAGUUCAGCCAGGCAAAAAGGCUGAAGCCAACACACAGAGCUAUUGUCCCAUUAGGAUUUUUGAGAGCUUUAGUCUAACAGUAAUAGAUACAUGCAGGAGAUAUAUAUAUAAAAAAUAAUAAUAAAAUAGUCCAGUAGCACCUUAGAGACCAACUAAGUUUGUUCUUGGUAUGAGCUUCCGUGUGCAUGCACACUACAAUUUUUUUAUUUUAUAUAUACAGUGGUACCUCGGGUUAAGUACUUAAUUCGUUCCGGAGGUCCGUUCUUAACCUGAAACUUUUCUUAACCUGAAGCACCAUUUUAGCUAAUGGGGCUUCCUGCUGCUGCCGUGCCGCCAGAGCACGAUUUCUGUUCUCAUCCUGAAGCAAAGUUCUUAACCUGAAGCAAUAUUUCUCAGUUAGUGGCGUCUGUAACCUGAAGUGUAUGUAACCUGAGGUACCACUGUGUGUGUGUGUGUGUGUGUGUGUGUGUGUGUAUUUCUACUGUGUCAGACCAAAACAGCUACCUACCUGAAUCUAGAUACAUGCCGGGUGUGUGGUUGCAUAGUUUUCUCUUCUCAUUGUGAGCUGAAGUCCUGAUAAAAAUCUGGAGCCCCCAUGCCUGCUAUUAACUUUUUAAGAAACCUCAGGAGUACUUUCUAAUGAUGUGUUUAACAUCACCAUAGAGUUAUUCUCUAGGUAAAAUUUCAGACUUGGACCUAAUGGCAAAAUGCUUUCUCCUGCGUUCUUGUAUUUAUUAAACCCUGGCUGCAGUCACACACUGAGUUACGUUUGCCUAGAGCAAAAUGCACAAUCAUCUGGCAAACAUGACAAAUCUGUUGCUUGUCUCCACUUCUUCACACUGUGGUGUCAAAUGCGGAGGAAUUCUAGAUGGAACUGCAAUGAGUACCAAAACUAACUUUCCGUUUCUGAAAUGUCAUCGGGUUCUUAGCUAAACCAAAAACAUACUUUCUUUUCUUUUUUUUAUAAGAUAUUUAUUAAGAUUUUUUAAAAUAUUACAAUAAAAAAUGAAAAAGAAAAAGAAAAUACAAAAUAAAAAUGAUUAAAAACCACUCAAUUUUUCCAUUGCUUAUUUUUCCUUAGCUUGUUUCCCGGACCUCCUCAUACCUCCCUUUUUGUAUUCCAGUUCAGUUUGUUGGUUCAGCAAAUCCUUACCCUCUUUAUUUAUCCUAAUCUUUGGUCUUAAAAUAGUAACGUUAGAUUUUUACCUCUUAACAACCCAUUUUUCAUAUUCCCUUAAAGCAUUACAGCUGGAAACCACUUAAUUUCUAUCCAACAUCGUUCUAACAUUCAUUAAUUUUACAAUAUUUCUGUAGAUAAUCUUUGAACUUCUUCCAAUCUUCUUCCACCGACUCUUCUCCCUGGUCUCGGAUUCUGCCAGUCAUUUCUGCCAGUUCCAUAUAGUCCAUCAACUUCAUCUGCCAUUCUUCCAGAGUGGGUAAAUCUUGUGUCUUCCAAUACUUUGCAAUGAGUAUUCUUGCUGCUGUUGUGGCAUACAUGAAAAAAGUUCUAUCCUUCUUUGGCACCAAUUGACCGACUAUGCCUAGGAGAAAGGCCUCUGGUUUCUUCAAGAAGGUAUAUUUAAAUACCUUUUUCAGUUCAUUAUAUAUCAUUUCCCAGAAAGCCUUAAUCCUUGGGCACGUCCACCAAAGGUGAAAGAAUGUACCUUCAGUUUCUUUACAUUUCCAACAUUUGUUAUCGGGCAAAUGAUAAAUUUUUGCAAGCUUGACUGGGGUCAUGUACCACCUGUAUAUCAUUUUCAUAAUAUUCUCUCUUAAGGCAUUACAUGCCGUAAACUUCAUACCUGUGGUCCAUAACUGUUCCCAGUCAGCCAUCAUUAUGUUAUGUCCAACAUCUUGUGCCCAUUUAAUCAUAGCAGAUUUCACCGUUUCAUCCUGAGUAUUCCAUUUCAACAGCAAGUUAUACAUCUUUGACAAAAUCUUAGUUUUGGGUUCUAAUAGUUCUGUUUCUAAUUUUGAUUUUUCCACCUGGAAACCAAUUUUCUUAUCCAAAUUAUAUGCCUCCAUUAUCUGAUAAUAAUGAAGCCAGUCUCGCACUUUGUUUUUAAUUUCUCAAAACUCUGCAAUUUCAGUCUAUCUCCGUCUUGUUCCAAAAUUUCCCAAUAUUUCGGCCAUUUGGCCUCCAUAUUGAGCUUUUUCAGAGCUUUUGCUUCCAUCGGUGACAGCCACCUUGGAGUUUUAUUUUCCAAUAAGUCCUUGUAUCUUAUCCAGACAUUAAACAAUGCUUUCCUGACAAUGUGAUUUUUAAAUGCUUUAUGUGCUUUGAUCUUAUCAUACCACAGAUAUGCAUGCCAUCCAAAUACAUUGUUGAAACCUUCUAGAUCCAAAAUGUCAGUGUUUUCAAGAAGCAACCAUUCUUUCAACCAGCAAAAAGCUGCUGAUUCAUAGUAAAGUUUAAGGUCUGGCAGGGCAAACCCCCCUCUUUCCUUUGCAUCUGUUAAUAUUUUAAAUUUUAUUCUAGGCUUCUUGCCCUGCCAGACAAAUUUAGAAAUAUCUCUCUGCCACCUCUUGAAACAGUCCAUUUUGUCCACAAUUUGCAGUGUUUGAAACAAAAACAACAUUCUAGGCAAUACAUUCAUUUUUACCGCAGCAAUACGGCCCAGCAGUGAAAGCUUCAAAUUUGACCAAAUUUCUAAAUCUUUUUCACUUCAGCCCAGCAUUUUUCAUAGUUGUCUUUAAAUAAAUUCCCAUUUUUGCUGUCAUGUUAAUCCCCAAGUAUUUAACUUUCUUAACCACUGUUAAACCUGUCUCAUUCUGAAACCUCUCUCUCUCCAUUGGUGUUAACUUUUUCUCUAAAACCUUGGUCUUUAACUUAUUCAACUUAAAUCCUGCAACUUGACCAAAUUCUUGAAUCAGUUCUAAAACUCUUUUGGUACUAGAUUCUGGCUCCUGUAACGUCAAUACUAAGUCAUCUGCAAAUGCACCAAAAACAUACUUUCAACUGGUUCCAAGGAAACUGUAUACAGGAGAGCACUGUACUUUUAUUCAGCACCCUCUCCUACAUUAUCACAUACAUUGAAAUAACAUAGCUCCCCCCAAAGAAUCUUGGGAACUGUGGUUUGCUCAUCACAUAGCUGCAGUUCUGAGCACCCUUAAUAAACUACAGUGCCCAAAAUUCUUUAGGGGAAAUAAUGUGUUUUAAUGUGUGGUAUGGAUGUGUCUGGAAGGAACUUGUAAGGCAGGAAGGGAUCAAGAAAUCUGUUUCCUUUCUUUCUUUAUAGGCAUUUAGAACCUUCACCAAACACCAGGAUGGGUUACACAAAGCCGAAUACAAUGUGUAAUACACCUACUCUACUAAACCAUGAAUUAAACUUAAUCAACAGCAAUUGGAAACAGAUUAGCACUUCAAUGGGAAGGCUAUUCUGAUCUCAUCCUCCAGUGCCAAAGGUCUUUGCAAAAGGAUGUGUCUUCAUAGAAGUUCAUAGAACUGUAGAGUUGGAAGGGACCCUGAGGAUCAUCUAGUCCAACCCACUGCAAUGCAGGACUAUCCAGCUGUCCCAUAUGGGGAUUGAACCUGCAACCUUAAUGUUAUCAGCACCACACUCCUGAUCUGAUAUUGAAAUGUAUACCAUGAUUAGGUCAGAGUCAAACACACCUCUGAGAACCCCAGAUAUUGCCAAAAUACCUGUAGAAGACUGCCUCCUCUGCUCUUUUGUUUAUUUAUAUUUUCUCAAAUAAAAGGAAAAUCCAAAAUUUAUGUAUUAAUGAUAACCAGAACUGAUGCAAGGUUAAUAUUCCUUGUGGUGCUUGCCACCACAGCUGAAUUUCAUGUAAGCUCAGCAGAAUCAGACUGCACUGGCAAAGUCACCUUUCAUCAUCCCUUAAGGCUAAGUUUUUCCUUCUUUGCCUUUCCGGCAGUGCCAUUUAGUAAGUAAUGUGUAAAGCUUUGUUUCAUUGCAAAAUCUACUCUUCAUAUAAAACAAAAAAGCCAUUACCAAGUUGAUGGAGUUCAGAAUACCCUUUGGUUGCACAUAGGUUUCAGUGAAGGACGUGUUUCAUGUUCUACGUUAUACUUUACCAGCUAUAAACCUGUCUUAGCGUGUAGAGCAUUCAUAGAAAACAACAGAUCUCUAAGGUCACUGUUGAUGAGUAAAGAUAAUGAUCUCUUACAGGGAGAAAACGGGGGGAAUGGAGGUCAAAAGGGCAAGCAUAUCACAAGUGAGAAGAAGAGGUUAACAUUUUCAAGUCUUUCAUGUCGUUCAGGGGAGAUGGAGUAGGUUGCUGUAGGCUGUUCUGAGAAAUUGUGAUGGUUCGAUUCAAAAAGACUAUAAAAAAGCAAUGGUGUUUCCACUGGCAUUGCCUUGAGUAGUUGUAGAGACUUAAAUGCUUUAAGUUACUUUGUACCUAAGUAUAAUAGAAGCACAUAUACUUUUGAUUGCCUUGUUAUUACCUACAAAGAAGGGGAGGUGAAUAUAUCAUUCAUGGUCUAGAAACCUCUAGACGAGAUGAUCACACUACCGUAAAGUACAGUAUAUGGGAUUGUUCUUACAAAGUGGCCUCUCAACUGUUAGGAUUAAAGCAGCAACACUUACAGUAAGUCAUCUGAAUCUCUGGAGGGGCGACAGACAGAAACGUAACCUAUUCUACCUGAAAUAUCAUACAGUGGUACCUCGGGUUACAUAAGCUUCAGGUUACAGACUCCACUAACCCAGAAAUAGUACCUUGGGUUAAGAACUUUGCUUCAGGAUGAGAACAGAAAUUGUGCUCCGGUGGCAGCAGGAGGCCCCAUUAGCUAAAGUGGUGCUUCAGGUUAAGAACAGUUUCAGGUUAAGAAUGGACCUCCAGAACAAAUUAAGUACGUGACCAGAGGUACCACUGUAUUUCCCUAUGUGAACCUACUAGGCCUCAGGUGAGACCAUCUCUUGGUCCCACCAAUAUCAGAAGCACAGCUGGCAGCGACACAAGAGAGAGCUUUCCCUGUGGCUGCUCCCAUUUUGUGGAAUUCCCUCCCAAGAGAGAUUAGAUGGGCUCCCUCUUUGUUAUCUUUCUGCUUGCGUGCUAAGACCUUCCUAUUCAAAUAGGCCUUUGGAAACUAAGGUGCAGAUGAAGCUGAUCACUGGGCUGCUGUCAAAUUUAGAUUUUAAUUGCUGCUUCUAAAUAUGUUGCAAUUUUAAUUAUUGCUUUUAACUAGUUUGUUUUUAUUAUUCCGCAUUUUAUAAUUGAUGUUUUUAAAUGUAAUAAACUGCCCUCAAUCCAAACUUGGGAGAAAGGCGGGAGAUAAACAUAAAUAUAUUAAAUAAAUAUUCUUCCUUUGCUGAUUCCUUCUUGAGUAACUUCCUGUAGAUGGUUUUUUCUCUCAGCCUUUACUUCCUUCCUGCUUCUUCUCCAAGUCAACUAGCAUUGGAUCUUCAUUUUUGUUAACCUCUUGAACUCGUGGCUCCAUAAUAGCCACAUGUAAGCUUGUACUCAGAUUGGCUUAGUUUGCAAAGAAUAUAAACUUUAUUCUCACAAGCAACAGUCUUACCAGACCAUUUAUUUCUGUAAUCCCCUGCUAUAUAGUCUCCAGUACCACAAAGGGAACUCUACCACCUUUCAAGGCAGUCUGUUUCUUGCUUUAACUAACUACUGAAAAGGAAAGAUCCUUCCCCUCUUUAGAAAUUUUGCUUUCCCACUUUUCUGCACUCUGACACCAUCAUUUUGUAAUUGAUGGUUGUUUAACAUACUGUGCUUUUCCACUACAUUCCAUUCAGUAGUCCCCAGGCUACUAUUUCUCAUGGGAGUACAGCGUGUUUCUGGAAUUCUGUUUUAGUCCUCAAAAAGUGAUUAUUCUUUCAGGCCCGCUGCUGCAGCCAUAAUUUUAAUUUAUCAAGGUGCCAUACAUGAAAUGCAGCAGAAACAUUUCAUGGCUUAAGCUCAUCACUUAUUCCUAUAUCUGUCAAUGAAAGUCUUCUGUAUCUGUCAUAUCAAACUGCACUACAGCAACAUGUAGCACGUAACAAAUAAAUCAUAUAAUCAAUCCUACAUUUAUACAGUUUGACAAGAGUGCUUCCUUGAAUACACGUUGGAUGUGGCACAGACUCUGAGGCAGGCAAAUGACAGGGCCUAAACAUAGAAGCCAUUGACAGAGAUGUGGGGUCAUUUCAAGGCAUAUGGAGGAGGUGGGCAUUCCACAAUAUACUCCACCCAUAAUUUUGCGUGUCCUUUCUGGUAUAUUGUGCAGUUGAACAAAAGGUCUCCAAGACCCAUUUCCUAGGCCUUAGAGGACAAGACUCGAUCUAAUGGUCUUAAAUUACAAGAAGAUAGAUUUCGACUGAACAUUAGAAGAACCUUUUGAGGGUAAGAGUAGUUUGACAAUGGAACCCUAGAAGGGUGUUGAGCUGUCCAUUGCUGGAGAUCUUCAGGAGCCUAUGACUUUGCAACAGGUCAUCUAAAUACAAUGAAACAGGAAGCUUAGCAGCUAAAGCAUGGAUGGCAUAAGACUUGGGUCCAGACCUGGCCAAACGUGGGUGAGGCCACACCAUCGUACCUACCGCAUGGCCAUAGCUGCAGUGGAAAAAGCUUACUUUUCUGCCACCACUGCAUCUGCAAGUAGCCAUCUAGCAGAGCUUUUCUGAGUGGUGAAUGGGCUUUUGUUAGCUGGCCAAGAGAGUGGUGCUCUGACAUUCUCAGAGGCCAUCUGUAACAACUUUGCAAGAUGCUUUAGGGAUAAAUUCACUCAGAUUCCGACAGAGUCGGACGCCACAGUGAUAGCAAUUCCCGUGGAGGUGCUAGAGUACUGUCUGUUCCAUCUAUACUGGAUCAGUUUAGAUUAUUGCAGCCUUAGUGCACAAGCUGCUUGAAGAACUGCAGCUGAUCUCUAUGGCAUCCGCUACAUUGUGAAAUGCACCUGAAACAGGUUCUGAAACCUACAUAGUGUACAUAGUGGUAGCUCAUUAGGCUAGAUUCCUGAAAUUCCUGCAUGGAGCUCAGUAAUACCUUCUAUGGUGCAUGUGAGUAAAGUCCAUCUUACCAUAGAUAGAUGUUUUCUCACUUGAAUAAGGAUUGUCCCUCCUUAAUAUAGAAGCAUAAAACACUUAAAUAUUAAAAUCUGGGCUAAUUGCAGCUCUUCAUCAUUCAACAAAGCUAUAAUGUUAGUAACGCUGUGCAUAUCUGCAAAUAAAUUAAUAGCCUCCAUGUCUCUGAUCCUCAGAGAGCCCUUUAUGUGUGUGCUUAAUCAUGCACAAAGACUAAAGGAUAAGAGACAAAUAGGGAGGCUGUAGUUUAGAGAUGAUAAUUAUUGUAGUUUAUUACCUGGUAACUUUCAUUUAUUGAAAAGGAGACCAAAAGCAUUCUUUUAAAAAGCCCAUUAAGGCAUUAAUGAAGAGUGUAGGAAACAGCUUUUAUUGCUCCCAAAAUUAUUGGACAGUGCUCAGUAGUAAACAAAUCAGCUCUUUCCAAAAGAAACGGUUCUGCUGUUUCCACACAGAGGUCAGCUUUAUUUCCAUAUUGGCAAAAGGGCGAAAUCCUGUUCUCCUGGCCUGGCCGCCAAAUACAACAGAAUAAGAGUGUGGCUUAUACAUGGCACUCCCCAUAUGAAAAAGAGCUAAAUGGAAGAGCCUUUCCAGACAGGUAUUUGGUAACAGUUUCAUAGCUGUUUUUGCUAUAUUUUUCUGCAUGCUUCCAUGUAACACCAUUCCUUUCCUUUUCCAAGGUACUGCAGGCAUCAGAACACAUGUCAGAUACUAACUGAUUGGAUACUUUCUUCAGUCCUUGUUUAUGUUCAUUUCAUCUCUCCUUGGGUGAAUGAAUGAAUGAAAUCUUUAUUGCUAAAAGCUAUAAGCCGUCAUAAUUGGUCACAAUGCAUAAAAUACAAAUAAUUAAUUUAAAACUAAACAGCAACAACAGCAAAGCAAACAUACAGAAAUGCAAAAAUCACACCUGCAUGAGUUCAGCACUCCACUUCUCGCACUCCCCCUUAUGAUACUUGUCUUGGUGGCUAAUUGUCCCCAAGAGUUUGAGAAGAGAGAAAUAAGGGGACAGUUGAGUUGCUAAGGAAGAUAACCAAGGCUGGAGAAAAAAACAGCAGAUUCUCGUGACACCUUAAAGAUAAAAAGAUAAACAUAACGUUUAUGCACUAAGCAAAAAUGAAAGCAAGAGCUCCACGCUCCUCACAGCCUUGUUGAAGGGGCACAGAGGAGAUGGAGUGUGCAAACUUGAAGCUGUCUGCAGCUCAUUUGCCUCAUAUGAAACUCUUGUUUCACAUGGCGACUGAAUGAGAUCAUUGGAUCCAUAUCACAGUAAUUAGGCUGCAAAACAUAAUUCUUACUCCUUUUCAUCUUUACUGCUUUUCUUCUUAUAUUUUAGUCAUAAUACUUCCUCCGUUUCUCCACACUUAGCUUCAUUUCACUUUAAACACCUUUUUCAUUUUAAAGGGGCCUUCCUACGUCUUUCAACAUUCAGUCGCUUAAACUAAAACAAGAUUGCCUACAAUUAUAACUCAUUUUCGUGGCAUUUGUCUUGCAUCUCCUUUCAGAAAAGCUUAGGUCUAUUAUCAUGCUUUCUGGAUGAUAUUAUGCUUUUGGGAUUCGUUGGGAAUACUAUGAACAGUUCUGGUCGCCACACCUCCAAGAGGAUAUUGUUGAGCUGGAAAAUGUGCAGAUUAAUAAAACGAUCAGGGGGCCUGAGCAACUCCCCUAUGGAGGGAGGUUCCAACAUUUUAAGUUUAGAAAAAAAAUGAAUAAGGGUGGAGGGACAUGAUAAUGUAAAAUAAUGCAUGGUGGGGGGGGAUGGAUAGAGGAAUGUUUUGCCCCUCUCACAUAAUACUAGAAGCUGAUAGGUCGGAGAUUUGAGGAGAGACAAAAAGAAAUACUUAUUCACACAACACAUAUUUAAACUAUGGAAUUCUUUAGCAUGUUAUGUAGUAAUGGCCACCUUCCUGGGUGGCAUUAAAAAGGAAUUAGACAAAUUCAUAGACAAUAAGACUGUCAAUGGCUGCUAGUCAUGAUGUCCAGCAUCAGAGGCUGUGUACUUCUGAGUUGUUUAGGAACAAGAGUGGGGGAGUAUUGUUGCACUCAAAUCCUGCUUCCAGCACUGUGGAAAACAGGAUGCUGGACUAACUAGGAUGAAAACCUUUUCAUCCUAUGGCUCACUAACCAAAGAUGGAUUAGUGAGAGGCCACAAAAAUUAAGCACUUGCCUUCUUCAAUUGCCUUAUAAAUUACGACUAUUAUUACUAUCGUUAUCAUUCUCCAGAGCUGUUAUGCUAUGUAGGUAUAAAGUGGCCAAAAUUAGAACUGAGUUAAGUGAGUAUCCUGUUUAAUUGUCAUAGAACCGUUUUAAAUUGAAUAUGUGCAUAUGUUGUACAUUACUUCUGAAAGCACUGAAAAGCGGUAGGUGUGAUCCAUCUGUACAGUAAUAAUAGAGGGACAGAAAAAUACCUUGGGAUCUGGAGGCCACAUUUCUGUGUGGAAGUGUGUAAUGUGCAUGCAAAUUGUAACCACCACACAUGCUUCCAGUGAUGGUCAAAUGAUAGCUUUUGAGUUCUGCAGAAUUCUUAUCCCUGAGAUUCUUCAGGAUUUCCAUUGCACCUGGAGUGGGGCAGGGUACAGUGUGAUCAAAGCAGAGCUUGAUCACCACGGAGCUUUGGCCCUUCCUUAUCAUCUCGGUCUGCCGCUUGAUUUUACUUAAUGUGUAGAUUAGCUUUGAUAUUUGAUAAUAACCUGAUAUAAUGAGACUGAAAAUAAAAUUCAGUAGCAUAAGGCAGACUUGAUUCAUAUCAAGCAAACAAAGGGUGCUGCUGUAACUAUAGCAGAACAGUCUUGCUAAGUGUCAUCAGAGCUAUCCUUAUUUAUAGAACUGGGAUGUCUCCUGGAUUUCUUUGAACGUGUUGUGCAUUCUUAUGAUUAAUUACAUUUUCUUUCCGUUGCUCCUCCAAGGAACUCAGGGUGCUGUACGUGAUUUUAUUCUCACCAGCAAUCCUACAAGGUACAUUAAGCAAGAAGAAAGUCAUUGGCCCAAGGUCACCCACUGAGCUCCAUGGCUGAGUGAGAAUUUGAACCCAGCACUUUAACUACUACACCACAUUGGCAAUUAGAUAAUAACAACAGGUUUUUUUGUGGGGGUUUUUUUAAUCAAAUCUAAACCAGUGUUUCCUUUUCACCUUGCAAUCCUUGCAUUUUUAGUGAGAUUGUGAUUAGUACAAAGACUGAAAUUUCAAUAUUUCCAAACAAUAGUCAAUAAAAGUAACAGGGAUGAAGCAGUCUCCAGAGAUGCAGACCUGAAUUAGCACUGUAAUUUCAAAAUGUUACAUAAUGCUAUUUAUCAGAUAAUUCAGUCAUGUCACCUCACAUGAAUUCAUUUGUGUUCUUUUCUGCAGUGGCUAUGUCUUUGAUUAUGACUACUACAGGGAUGAUUUCUACAAUCGGUAUGUGCACUCUUAUUACUGUAUUUGGUUACAUAUAUUAUGCUCCUUAUUUGACAUAUUUUCACAUAACCAGAUCAGAAAACCUUUGCAAUUGUUUCCUCAUAGGACUCAGCUUGUUUUUAUUGCUUGUUUGCAUUUCUGGUUUAUAUUCAGAUUACAUCAUAUGAGGAUGAUAGCUCCAUUUUGGGGGUGCUCUGUGCACCAUGGCAGGCUUUAGUUUCUGGAUUAAUCCUGCUCAGGAAUCAGUACCUUUGACUGGAGGUACUAUUCUGCACAUCUCUGAUGCCUUUAUGUCACUGUGGAGGGAGAGGAGUGGGCCACGGAUUGGCAUGAAAGGCGUCGUUACCAACAGGAUGAGAAGGGAAGGGAGCUGUUGACCAAUGGAGCAGAUCCGAGGGACUCCAGCUUGCUUUUUGUAUAAUGGGCUGUGCCUCAGCUGCAGCAGCUAAGACACAUUGCUGCUGUUGAAGAUGAUCCACAGGAACAGGCUGCCCACACUGAGAACAGUGUAAGAUGGCAUUUAUUGAUAUAUUUUCAUGUGGCUGUGUUGACGUCCUCACUCCAUGGAAAAUCCUUUGUGAGACUCAGGCUAUAUUACGGUAUGUUCAAGAUGCAGGUCUCGAAGUAUUUCUCUGCAUCAUGACUUAGCUUAGAAUCCAGAUUGGAAAUAUAUCCGAAAUGCAGCAGCUCGCUUUGGUGCUGCUCUGGUUGAACGUCUUCCGCAAGUGUCCGUGCUGUCUGCCAUCAAGUCACCCAUUAAUCUAUAGCACGCUGUUGCAAUACGAAACCAAGUGGGAAAUCUGGAAAACGAAGCCAAGAGCCACGUAUUUCACAAAGAAUAAUAUGGCCUUCUGGGGGACAGGAGAAUGUCCAACAAACUGGUCAAUAACUUAAUACCAUCCAGGGUAGAAUUUAGAGGCCUUUUUCAGAUUGGUACUUACGAUAACAACAUGAGCAGCCCUUUCACCUCUUCAAACUCUCCUCCAUUGCAAUAUAUUCAGGAGAGCCAAAUGUUCAAGGCACUUCACGACAUGAUAGCAGAUUAAUGAGAAAUUGGGGCAACCCUCCUUCCUACCUCCUCCUGGACCCAGUGUGGUGUGGUGGUUAAGAGCAGGGGACUCAUAAUCUGGUGAACCAGGUUCACUUCCCCGCUCCGCCACAUGCAGCUGCUGGGUGACCUUGGGCUAGUCACACUUCUCUGAAGUCUCUCAGCCCCACUCACCUCACAGAGUGUUUGUUGUAGAGGAGGAAGGGAAAGGAGAUUGUUAGGCGCUAUGAGACUCCUUCGGGUAGCGAUAAAGCGGGAUAUCAAAUCCAAACUCUUCUUCUUCUUUAUCCUUGAAAUACAUGUCUUGCCUCCUGUUUACUUAAAGCUGCAGUUGUAUUAACUAUACUGCAGCUAAACAUUUUUUGUUCAAAUGACCAUAUAUACAUACAUUCAUUCCAACCCUGUUUUUCUCAGAACCAAGUCCCUCCAAGUUCAGUGGGAUUCUUUCCUAAGUAAGUGUGUAUAGGAUUGCAACCUAUAGAGGAUAUUAAAAUCAGUUUUAGCUAAAAUUGCUCUUUGAUUUGAGAGUACCUCAGUUGAAGCUGACAAUACUCUUAUAAGUUGUUUUUUUUAUCUUCCACUAAUAAAGCACUGGGACGCGGGUGGCGCUGUGGGUAAAACCUCAGCGCCUAGGACUUGCCGAUCGUAUGGUCGGCGGUUCGAAUCCCCGCAGCGGGGUGCGCUCCCGUCGUUUGGUCCCAGCGCCUGCCAACCUAGCAGUUCGAAAGCACCCCCGGGUGCAAGUAGAUAAAUAGGGACCGCUUACCAGCGGGAAGGUAAACGGCGUUCCGUGUGCUGCGCUGGCUCGCCAGAUGCAGCUUGUCACGCUGGCCACGUGACCCGGAAGUGUCUGCGGACAGCGCUGGCUCCCGGCCUAUAGAGUGAGAUGAGUGCAGAACCCUAGAGUCUGGCAAGACUGGCCCGUACGGGCAGGGGUACCUUUACCUUUACUAAUAAAGCACCAGUGGUGCCAAGUUGAAUAAAAUAGUGUGGGGGCCCAGGUCAGCCCCACCCCACAUAAUUGAUCACAUAAUGCAGUGCGCACAUUCAUCAUUUGAAAGGGAAUGCUCAUCAACUGGGUGGGGGGAGGCUCCCUCAAAUAUUUUAUUGUGGGGGCCGAAGCCCCAACGGCCCCUAGGAAUUGGCUUCAAUGUGAAAUGCUAUGUCAUUUCUAGGUAUAAGCAAAUUUCAGUGUUUUUCUCCUAUCAAAAGUACCUCAGACAGACUUGCCUGUAGGGAUGGGAGAGAAACUCAAUUUAGUUCACAUUUAAAAGUGAAUCUACCUAGAAUGCGCUUUCUGAAACAAUACACAAACCAAAGCACAGCGACCCUUCAAAAUUUUUAAUUUCAGUAUUCAUGCUAUUGGAGAUGGGUGCAUACGUCAGUUUCAGUUCCUUCUAUUUUCUCAUUGUUCCAAUCUGAAAUUGUGUUCUCUACAUUUCCAUAUCAGUUUGUGAUUUAUUUUUCUUUAAAGAUGUGCUCUCAAAAAUUAAUCAGCAUUUUAAUUCAGAUGUUUCAUAAUAUACACAUGCAAUAUUGCAUGUAAUUUUGCAUGUUAUUUUUCCCUAAUAGAAUGCAUUUUGGGUGCUAUUUUCAAUAAUAUAGGCUUUUAAGUGCACUCUUUACCAUAGUGUAUGCAUUCUUUUACACAUCACUUGACUGGAAAAGUGAUUUGCUAAAUUUGGAGAAGUGCUAAUUUCUUUGAUGAGAUGUUUCAGUUUAGUCACAUUUCAUUUCAAUGAUAUUCACCAUCUUAAAUUUCACUAUGAGCAUUACUGUGAAGGCAGCAAAUUACAAAGUUGAAACUAUGAAUUUAGAGCUAGGCUGUCAGCAGAGCUACAGUGUGUGUGUUUAUUUUUUUUUAAAUCUCAUAUUAUUACUCGGGUGAAAUGAAAUUAUGAGGUGCACGUUUUUCUUACUCCAAGUUAAGACAAACUAAUAAUGGUAUCCUUCUCUGAAAUUACAGCUACUUACUUGGUCAUGUCUGAAAUACAAAUAUGCUUCUUAAAAGUACAAAGGUCCUUGAAAUCUAAUUUUAACCGUGAUGCAAGUCAUUGAUAUUUCAGAGAGCAAUUUUCCAUUAGAAAGUAGGGAAAUUUAGUCUGCAUGAUCUCCCUGCCAUCACACCAUAACCAAGUGCUAUGAAGCUUCUGUUUCCAUUCCCUUAAGGUUGUUUGAUUACCACAGCCGGGUCCCUGCACCGCCUCGUGCUGUAAUUCCAUUAAAACGCCCCCGUGUAACCGUCACAGCAACUCGCAGAGGAAAAGGGGUAUUUUCCAUGAAAGGGGGAUCAAGAUCUACAUCAAGUGGAACUUCAUCAUCAGGGUCAAAAUGUGAGUUCUAUAAUGCACCGUCGAGGUUGCCUGUAUGAAUAUUAUUAUGUGGUGUUUGCCCUCCUAGGUGACAUCAUGCUGGGUCAUAAGGAAAGGGUUAAAUGAGUGUGAAGUGAUUGGCAAGUGGGAACCCAAGGGGAGGAGUUAGAGUAAGUGUUGUUAAGGAGUCAGUCGGGUGUUAGAGAAGAGAGGGAGGAUAAGUCUGUGGGUUGGGAUAGGUUGAUGUGAGAGACUGAGAGAAAUCUGUUAAGAGGAGUCAGAUAGACAGUUAGGAUAAUCAGUUAGAAGUUAUUAGGAAGGUAUAGGCCGGUAAAGAAACUAAGAUUAAGAAACUGACAAGAAAAAUUAUCUGAAACCAUAAACUUGUUAAGGCUUAUAAAAUAAACUUGUUUAUUUGGUUUAAUGUUAACAACUGUCUGGACUCCGUGUGUACCGGAGAGAAAUGGGUUGGUGGCAGCGGGGAAGCAUUCACAGUGGUGGCACAGGGAUCAAUAGGCCGUCAAACAUCCGGGGAUCCUGUGUGAUCGCCACAUAUGCUUAAUGCAAUAUAUGUGGAAUUCUAAGGUCAUCCCAUUGCUAAAGCUUUAAACAUUGGUUAUCAUGCUGAGAGCGAAAAGUUGUUUUCAUUGUAAUGGUUUAGUGAGAAGGGAUGCAUUCACUUAAUUUUUUAAAAAAGAAAGAUCAAAGCUCAUUGCAUGAUAACCAACUAAGUCAGGCAUAGGCAAACUCGGCCCUACAACUCCCAUCACCCCUAGCUAACAGGACCAGUGGUCAGGGAUGAUGGGAGUUGUAGUCCCAAAACAUCUGGAGGACCGAGUUUGCCUAUGCCUGAACUAAGUCAUAUUCAGUGUAGACUCAUUGAUUUCUGUGAGUCUACUCUAACAUUGGUUAUCACCCUUUGGCAAAGUUGGAUUUGCUGUUCCAUAGUGGCAGGAGCCAUGCUGUGGACUCAUUGAUUUCAGUGGGUCUACUUCACACAGUGGUGGAGCACAAAUACCCUCCAUGUCAUGAUAACUGUCCACAGUAACUGCCUGGGACAGCAGGUCUCCGUUAUAAUAGCCAGGAUGUGUGCUGUUUACAUCUCUAAACAGUGGGAUCUUGAACUGCAUCUGGCACCCCAAAGGACUGCAAGGCAACCAUCCAAGAACAGAAAGCUGUUGUUGUGCUGCUGAAGCAGUAUAAAUAGUCUAUGAAGUGCAGAGCACUGCUGAAAGCCUGUAUAAGUUAUUCCCUUGGGGUGCCCCACAGCUCUCCCUAGCACAGUGUGUCCUUUCUGGAGUUCCUGUCUUGUGUCUGAAGAAUGUAAGAACCUCUUCACAAAUGAAGAAGCUGCAGACUGGUUGAGGCAGACAUAAUUCCCCUGUCUUGACAAAGCCUUAAAUCAGCUGUGCUGAUUUCUCCCCUGCUGUGUCAGUGACUGAAAACUGGGAGCACAUCCCUGACAGGUUCUUCCCAGGGCAUUAAUUCUCUUGCAUACUAGUAGGGCAAUGAAUGUUGUUAAUGUUGACAUUAAAAAAAACCCCUCUUUCACACUGAAUGUACAUUUUCACUAACGUGGGUUUUAUAUUUGUAUGCGAGGGUGGCUAGGCAAAAGGCGAAACCUUAUUUAAGCCUCGUGUGUGUACAUGUCCUGAGGCUGAAGACUGAUUCAUAAAUUAAGACCCCGUUCAUAAAUUGCAUAGUCAGUCGCUCCUUUCCUUUCCCACUGUACAAUGGAAAGUGUGCCUGGGCAGAUUUCCCCCCUGCAGUGGGGUCUUCAAUCUUUAGAAUCAUUAGAUCUCACAGUGGGUAACAUUUCUAAGUCCAACAGUUCCCUGCUGGGUCAAGCCCAUCGCUCAUGCAGCCCAGCAUCUGUUCUCACAGUUGCCAACCUGAUGCCCACAGGCAGGAGCCAGGUACAAGGUCACUCUCCCCUCCUGAAGUUUUCAGCAAGUGGUAUUCAAAAUCCCUGUGCCAGGCCUGCUUUUUUACACAAGAGGAGCAAGAUUGCAUUCUAGGUCCUAUAUGGAUUUGUGUGUAGCUGCAAAGGUUUUGGAGGGUGGUCUGUUUCUAAAAGUAGCAAAUUAUCCACUAGAAGUAGAGUGAGGACCUCAAUGUUGUUAUCAAGCUUGAGGGGUUUGCAUAUUGUUUUGACUCUGAUUAAUUUCUGACCUUUUUAAAAAAAAAAUCCAGUAAAAAUAUAAAUUUCAUGUAGCAUACUUUUUGUUAAAAAAUCAGCCAAGUGACAACUUAUUUGUCAUUUUCCAUCAAAAGCAACAGCAGAUGAAUGCUGCUAUAUUGAUGUUCCAUGGCACACUUUGCUUUCUGCAAGUAAAAUUGAAGCAGAUGCUCCUAUAUUUAUGUGAAAUUGCAAAGGAAGAAAAUAUUAAACAGUUUUCUCAUUAUUUUGUUUAUGGAUCUGGAGGAACUAUCUGGGAGCAAAGCGUUUGUUUUUUUUUCAUAAAUCAGUUGUGACUUCAUGACUGUUAGCCAGUUUUUACAUGAUGGUGUGAGACAAACAGUUUGAUAUGGUAUUAGAUCAAUGAAAUAUAUAGCAUGUCUACCAAAAUAAGCCUGGGGAGUCAGACAAUUUUGUAGUUAUGAUAAAUGGGAGCAGUUUUCAUGAAUAUUUUCACAUCAGAAAGCAAACUCACCCCCACCCCCCUCAUUCCAGUGAAUCUUCAGGCAUUGCAUCAAAAGUGGAAGAUAGUUUGCCCUCAUUCUGAAUAACUUUACCUUCAGAAAUGUCACCACAAACCCGAAUAUCUUUGGCUGUAUAGUGGCAUACAUGAGAUAGCACGCGUGACUAUUCACAGAAAGAAUGAGACCAAAUGACUAGUGAAUAGACCUUGUUCAAUGAAUGCAACUACCACAGUGCAACUUCAUUCUCUAAUCUAGGCUGAAUGAAAUAAGCCAGGGGUCAGCAAACUUUUUCAGCAGCGGGCCGGUCCACUGUCCCUCAGACCUUGUGGAGGGCCAGACUAUAUUUUGAGGGGGGGGGAUGAACGAAUUCCUAUGCCCCACAAAUAACUCAGAGAUGCAUUUUAAAUAAAAGAACACAUUCUACUCAUGUAAAAACAAACUGAUUCCUGGACCGUCCGUGGGCCAGAUUGAGAAGGCAAUUGGGCCAGAUCCAGCCCCCGGGCCUUAGUUUCCCUACCCAUGAAAUAAGCCAUGUAGAUUUUGUACCAGGGGUGGCCUGAGAUGUUUCAGCGACUGUGGCACAAACUCCUUAAGGAUACUACCCCACCAGGAGAGGGCAGAUCUGUUCCAGAUCCCCCUCCUCCCACCCAGCAGUGGGGCUUCACAGAAGCUGGUGCAAAGCUCUGUCACACUGCCAGGAGGGGAGGGAGAUUUCCCCCCUGCCUAGCGGCAAAGCUGGAUGGCAGAACGCCUCCCCUCUUGCUGACUUGGUCAGGAGAGGAGGCAUUUUGCAGAGCUUUGCCGCCAGUCCCUGUCUGACGUUAGAGGCUGGAAAAAGCAGUGGCAAAGCUGGGUGGUGGAAGAAGAUGCCACCCCUUGAAUGGGUCUCACCUGAGGCGGCUGCCUCACCUAGCCUCAUAGGUGGUCCAACUCUGUUUUAUACUGUACAGUGGUACCUCGGGCUAUAGACACUUCAGGUUACAGACUCCGCUAACCCAAAAAUAGUACCUCGGGUUAAGAACUUUGCUUCAGGAUGAGAACAGACAUCGUGCAGCGGCAGCGGGAGGCCCCAUUAGCUAAGAACAGGUUAAGAACAGUUUCAGGUUAAGAACGGACCUCCAGAAUGAAUUAAGUUCUUAACCCAAGGUACCAAUGUACUUGCAUGGAAAAUUCCAAACACUUUGCAAAGGACAUAUGAGUCCUAAAUGUGUCUUUUAUCUACAUGGAUGAACAUAGAAAUAGUGUCAUUUGGGGGGAAGGGCUGAGAGGGAAUAUACUAACGUUCUAACUUACCCUUCGCUGAAGAAAUAUGAAAACAUAGAAAUAAAAAUCUAUAAGGCUAUACCUUGAACUUCGGUUUUCGCCUUUAUGAAUAGAUUGUACUGGGAUACCUUUGUGUUGAAAUAUUAUUUGUGUCAUAGUUGGUACCUUUUUGUUCUUUUUCUCUUCAGUGAAAUCAGAUGAGUUACAAACAAUCAAGAAGGAAUUAACUCAGAUCAAAACAAAAAUCGACUCUUUGCUAGGGAGGCUGGAGAAGAUUGAGAAGCAGCAGAAGGCUGAAGCUGGUACGUGGAAAUAAUCUGUAGCUCUUGGCAGCUCAUUAAAGGGUGAAUUAAUUCUGUGCAAAGCUGUGAAUCAUAUCAUCAGUUCUAUGAGAGAGGCAAUUUUGGAAAUACUGAUGUGCUCACAUUUAGGACCAGAAAGAGGCUUUUUGAGUACAACCUUAUAAGCCACUGAGCAACUAACAACUGUUUAAAGACCAGGUUUAGCUAUUCUCUUGGCUGCAUCCAUACACCACUUUACCGGGGAGUAAUCCCCACUGAAUUCCAUGACACUAUUUCAGAGUAGAGAGGCCAAUCUUACAGGUCAAUCAUGCAUAUGAGUGCGCAGUCAUUUCUUCAUCUCCCCUCUGCUUUCAGAAGGUUUGAGGUUGAAUCCCAGGUAUUUUCAAUUAAGAGGAUAAUAAAUAAUAAUAAUAAUAAUAAUAAUAAUAAAAUUUAUUUAUACCCCACCCUCCCCAGCCAAGGCCAGGCUCAGGACGGCUAACAACCAAUAAUAAAAACAAGUUGAUUGAAAUUCAACUUAAAAAACAAGGUUAAAUACAACAUUAAAACAUUAAAAUGCAGCCUCAUCACAGGAGGAGAAAGGAAAAAAGAAAGAGGAGGAGGGAAUCAACUUGGCUCCAAGCCAAAGGCCAGGCGGAACAACUCUGUCUUACAGGCCCUGCAGAAAGAAAUCAGAUCCUGCAGGGCCCUGGUCUCAUGAGACAGAGCGUUCCACCAGGCUGGAGCCAGUGUUGAAAAGGCCCUGGCUCUGGUUGAGGCUAAUCUAACUUCCUUAGGGUCCGGGACCUCUAGGGUGUUGCUAUUUAUGGACCUUAAGGUCCUCCGUGGGACAUACCGGGAGAGACGGUCCCAUAGGUACGAGGGUCCUAGCUGGCAUUGGGAAAGAUCACUGCAAAGGACUUGGGAGAGCCACAAGCAGGUAGAGUAGACAAUGAUGAAUUAAAUAUUCCAAUAAUUGACAAAUAUUCCACCCUAUGAAAAAAAGAGGCUGCAAACUGUUUUCUCCUUGACAGGGUGCAAUUCUGCAAAUAUUUACAAGAGUAUAGCGGUUUGUUUUUAAAUUUUCUUAACCCCUCUUCAUGCAAAAAUAGAUUUCAGUUUGGUAUAUAAAGAAAUGAAAAUUUACAGAAACCUUGAUCUCUCCACUACUUAGUGCCACUAAAGAAGGCCUCCAUUGGCCCUCUGGUCAGGCCACGGCCACUACUAGAAAGGAUGAGCACUUAAGCUAUGCUGCUAAACACCUUAGGGAGAGCUUCUUCCCUGCUUCAUGCCAGUGAUGAUCCAGUUCCAAUGAGAGGCACAAAUACAAGAUGGGUGACACCUGGCUUGAGAGCAGUACAUGUGAAAAGGAUCUAGGAGUCUUGGUUGACCACAAACUUGACAUGAGCCAACAGUGUGACGCGGCAGCUAAAAAAGCCAAUGCAAUUCUGGGCUGCAUCAAUAGGAGUAUAGCAUCUAGAUCAAGGGAAGUAAUAGUGCCACUGUAUUCUGCUCUGGUCAGACCUCACCUGGAAUACUGUGUCCAGUUCUGGGCACCACAAUUCAAGAAUGACACUGACAAACUGGAACGUGUCCAGAGGAGGGCAACCAAAAUGGUCAAAGGCCUGGAAACGAUGCCUUAUGAGGAACGGCUAAGGGAGCUGGGCAUGUUUAGCCUGGAGAAGAGGAGGUUAAGGGAUGAUAUGAUAGCCAUGUUCAAAUAUAUAAAAGGAUGUCACAUAGAGGAGGGAGAAAGGUUGUUUUCUGCUGCUCCAGAGAAGCAGACACGGAGCAAUGGAUCCAAACUACAAGAAAGAAGAUUCCACCUAAACAUUAGGAAGAACUUCCUGACAGUAAGAGCUGUUUGACAGUGGAAUUUGCUGCCAAGGAGUGUGGUGGAGUCUCCUUCUUUGGAGGUCUUUAAGCAGAGGCUUGACAACCAUAUGUCAGGAGUGCUCUGAUGGUGUUUCCUGCUUGGCAGGGGGUUGGACUCGAUGGCCCUUGUGGUCUCUUCCAACUCUAUGAUUCUAUGAUUCUAUGAUCUCAUUACCACUGUGAGCAGAAAGGGGAAAGAGGGAGAAGGGAAGGGCAGUAGAGCUUAAGAGCAUUGAUUCAGCCUCACCCCAUCAUUCUGCAUGCCAGGUGCCUUGACAUCAUACACCACGCUGCUGCCUCUUCUGAUGCCCGGGUCACAAAAGCACCUUGCACUCAGAAUAUGCCAUUUGGAGGGCCACAGGUUCCCCAUCUCUGGACUUGCUCUGCAUAAUUGCUGUAGAUUAAAAUAAAAACCUAGAAUGUUCAUUGCAAGGGACUCUGAUUAGUGGUGAAUUCGGAAAUGUAUGUGUCCUUUCACAGUGCAAUGGAAAAACUAUUAGUUGCAUACCCUCUGACAUGUCACAGGCAUCUUCUGUGCCAUGUUCCCACGUGAGUCACAUGACCCACACAAGAGCACGGCACCCGAAAACAGGAUGUCCCAAUUUAAUUGGGACAGUAGAGGGGCAUGUUAUUACACAAAAACAUUAACACAAAUUAUGCACAUGUUGGUAUUUUAAACAUCGUUAACAUCAAAACACUGCAAAAUAAAGCACUUUCCUUCUGGGAUGGCAAAUCCCAUGAAGGAGGAGUCAGCAGAAAAGCUAUUAAUAUGCAAAAAAGCCUUCAUGAGAGCAAAAAAAAAUUAUGGGUUUUUUUGUGGAAAAGGCUUGUGAAUUCAUUUAAAUACAAAUCAGAUCUUAGACUGUCAUUCUGCACUGACUCAUAGACAGCAGAAUAUAAAAAGAUAGCUCAGAGCAUGUUAAUCGUGACUGAACUGACAGGUGAGCAUACUUCUUCUUCUUCUUCUUCUUCUUCUUCUUCUUCUUAUUAUUAUUAUUAUUUAUCAAUAUUAAUUCAUUAAUCACCUUCUACAUAGUCGCCUCAGGGCAAUGUACAAAAAAACCCAAAAAAACCCAACCUAGAUCCUUUUCAAUACUGAUUAUGCUACAUGAUUGGGUGGGAAUUUGAACCCUGACCAGAGUGACUCUUUUGUGGGUUCUGGGUACAAGAGAGGGAGAGGGAGAGAUAAUCUAUCUAUUCUGUAUCAUGACAUUUAAAUUCAUAGAUGGUAUAAUGCAACCGUAGUACUUUUGGGUACCAGUGAUUUAAAUCAUGUGCUGACUUUGUCUUCAAAAUCAGUGGGAUUUAAUCCUGCUUAAAUGGCUUGAUUGUGAACCGAUAUGUUUGAUAUGUUUCUGCGAGUUGCAACUGAUAAAAUAUAAGAAUACCAAAUCCUUUUUAUCUGCUAAAGGCUUCCUUCUGGUCCUCCCUGAACAAAAACAAUCAGCUGCAUUGCAAAGGAGAACGACUUGAAAAGUGGCAGAUUUUUAAGUGGCAGAUAUUUCAAACAAUCUAUUAUAAUAGGCAGAAUAUACAGCAUGAGCUGCUUUCAUCCAACAGUGGGAAGCUUAAAAAAACAUAGAAAUGAAAAACAGGGGAAGUUUUAAUGAUUUUUUUAUACACUAUACUAAGGUCUGUCUCGCUUAUCUUUAUGGAAGUUAUAAAGGGACAGAAAAGUAAUGUGUUUAUACUCAGAUGUCUUAUUUUGCUAAUUAAUUCUGUGUUUUAAAGCUGGCAAGCUUAACAUAAGUCAACAGUGUGAUGCAACAGCAAAAAAGCUAAUGCUAUUUUAGUCUGCAUCAACAGAAGAGUAGUAUCCAGAUCAAGGGAAGAAAUAGUACUGCUCUUUUCUGCUUUGGUCAGACCACACCUGGGCUACUGUGUCCAGUUCUGGGCACCACAAAUUAAGGAUAUUGACAAGCUGGACCAUGUUUAGAGGAUGACCAAGAUGAUCAAGGGUCUGGAAACCAAACCUUAGGAGGAGCAGUUGAAGGAUCUAGAUAUGUUUAGCCUACAAAAGAGGAGAUUGAAAAGAGAUACGAUAGCCAUCUUCAGAUAUCUCAAGGACUAUCACAUGGGUGAUGGAGCAAGGUUGUUUUCUCCAGCUCUGGAGGCUAGGACCCAAACCAAUAGCUUCAAUUUACAAGAAAGGAGAUUCUGACUAACCAUCAGGAAGAGCUUUCUGACAGUAUGAGCUGUUUGAGAGCAGAGAAGAUUCCCACGAGAGGUGGUAGACUCUCCUUGCUUGGAGGUUUUUAAGCAGAGGUUGGAUGGCCAUCUGUCAUGGAUGCUUUAGUUGAGAUACCCACAUCGCAGGAAGUUGGACUAGAUGACCCUAGGGAUCCCUGUCAAGUCUACAAUUCUAUGAUUCUAUGUGGCAAUGACUGAGGAAAAAUAUCAGAAGCAGUAUGCAUGUGAAUACCAGUUUCUGGGGAUCCCAACCAAUUGAGUAUUACUGCAUUUGUGCCAUGCUUAUGAGCUUCCCAAUGACAUAUGAGAAUAUUGUGAGAAUAAAGGAUUGGACUAGCUAGGCCUUUGGUCUGGUCCAGCAGGCUUCUCUUCUAUGGUCCCUCGUUACAUUUUCACAUGCAUCACUGCAACCAUGACAGUAUGAAAUUUACUUUUAGAAAGAUAGCUCAAAUGCUCAGGAGACCAGUAUCACUUUCAUAAGCGUGUAAUCUUAGCCAUAAAUAUGAGUCUGAAACUAACCCUCCAACUUGCUCUCCUCUUCCAACUUCAUCAAUCGAAAAGCAUCGUUUUAAACUCGGGGGAAUUUCAGAAAUAGUUUGUGAUGGUGCACAGGGAACUUGUGUUCAAAGGCAAAUAUCCCGCUGGGCAUGUAUCAGCCUCUUAGCAAGCCAAAAGAAGAUCUCUGAACCUGGGUAAUAUAUCUGGUAUCAUUUGGGGAUUCAGAGAAUGUAUUCUGCUGUCUAUAACACAGUUCCAUUUCUGGAAAAGGGGAUCUUACUUAAGCUACAUUUUUCGCCUUUUUCUUAUAGAAACCCAAAAGAAACAAAUAGAAGACUGUGCAGACUUGAUCCAAGAGGAAUGUAUAUCAGAGAACGCUGACAAUUCCACAGAGGAUCCUAUAGAAGGAGGUUUAGAUGCAGAUGGAGAUGGCGAAGAUAUGACUGAUGGGAUAGAGGAGGAUUUUGACGAGGAUGGAAGUAACGAGCUGGUAAGAAAUUUUAAAUAGUUGUAUAUGUAAGCUGAAAAUUUCAAGAAUGAAUGUAGAAGAACAGCAAAACAAAUGCUAUUAAAAGCUGAGAUGCUGUUUAGAGGUCCUUUGAAAAACUCUUAAGAUGGUUAUAAUGGCAGGCAAUGUUAGUUCUUUACAUGAAUUCCCAUCUGUGAUGUGGUGAGAUACUUUUGGGUGGAGCAGUUUAAAGGGCACACAGUUCUUGAAGGCUAUCAACCGAAAAACAUAAAACAUACCCUCUGCCAGUUUCAUAAUCACAUUUACCAGUAGUAAACAGUUCUGGAGGGUCUCUGUAGAACUCACCUUUGACUAAUAUGCUUAGGAUAACAGCAUUUCUCUUUGAUUCACAGCCCAGCUGGAAGGUGGACCAAUUUAGUUUUCGCUGAAAAGAAUGGGAUGAAAUAAAUUUAUGGAGCUUGAUCUUAACGUACGUUUACUCUUAAGUCUCCCUGCAUUCCUUGAGGCUAACUCUCAAGGAAGCACGCGGCCUCUCAAGCUGGGAGGAUGCAACCUAAUUCUCACUUGCUUUGUGGCGAGAUCAUUCUGCAUGAUAAAAUACAGCACACUUCUCUCUCAGAGCUGUAAUUGCACUAGCACUAGUCCAGCUUCAAUGGCAUGAUGUUCCAUCUCCAUGUAACGGAAAGGGAUAGAAAUAACCUUUCUGUGAGGAUGACAGCCUCUUCUUUUAAAAAGCAGCAGCAACAGUAAUAGAUCUACUCUGCUCUAUUAAAGCGAGGAAGGCAUAGCCUGGAAAGAACUCUCUUUUUUAAAUAUUUAAUUUGAAGGACAAGCCUUGAUUGUUCUUUCCUGUUUGGGAUGGAAAACACAAGCAAGGCUAUGUAUUUUUUCAUCAUUGUUUCAUGGACUCCUUUAAUUUUUUAACCCAAAAGGAAGUUAUUUUGGGGGUGUGCACCUUGCCUCUCCAGCUCAGCCACACGGAAGCAGUUUUCAGCAGCAAGCCUGUCCUCCCUGCAGCAAGGUUACUUCCAUCCCUUUUUAUAAUGUGUGGACAAAAUCCUGCUCUUGACAUUUCAAUGGGGUUUUUUGGAGAAACUUUAGGUCUGCAGCAGAAAGAGACCUAUUUCCAGCCUGAGGCAAAGCUGUAUUCCCACCAGGUAGGGGUGGGAGGGACUCUCAGUUUUUAUUCUCUCAGUUUCUCCUUUUUACAAUCUUUAAUUGUAUUCUUCACAUUUCUGUAGCAAUUCGCAAUUUUAGAGUUAAUUUCUCCUAAUAAACAUAUUUUUAAUGCAGUUUUUAAUAAUACACAUGUUUUGCAAGCAAUUUUCCCGAAUAUGUUUCGUGUUUUUAUCUUGUAUUUUUAUGCUGUGAACCGCCCUGUGAUCUUCGGAUGAAGGGCAGUAUACAUACUUAAUUAAUAUAACAAAUAUGAUACAGUGCAUUACUGUGUGCUAUUUUCAUAAAUAUAUGUCUAUAUGCAUUUCCCUGUAUAUAUUCAUUUUUGUAAACAUUGGUUGGAGAACUACACUGCAAAGUUCGGAUAAGUGUGAAUUUUGUAGGGUGCCUGUGUUUUCUUUUUCAUAUUGCUUCAGAAAGUAUGGAUUUGAUAGAUUUGGCUUUAAAAGCAAACUGAAUUGAAUUCCUUCCCCUCCCAUCCCAUCCCUACCUGUAGGGUAUAAUAAUAAUAAUAAUUUAUUAUUUAUACCCCGCCCAUCUGGCUGGGUUUCCCCAGCCACUCUGGGCGGCUUCCAACUGAAUAUUAAAAACAAUACAGUAUAUUCAAUCCUUGGAGCGCCUAUAGGGUGGUGAUGGAAAAUAGACCCACUCAGGACCAUAGUUCAGUAGUUCAGGAUCUGCUUUGCUGAUCAAAGUGGCUGGGGCUAUCCAGUCAGAUGGAUGGGGCACAAAUAAUAUGAUUAUGAUGACGCAGAAAGCCCUAAAUUCAAUCCCUGGCAGCUUGGACUGGGAAAUAAUUCUGUCGGAAAACCAAUAGCUGGACUUUUCCUGUUCUUCCAGUCAAUGCAGUGGAAUCUUUUAAAGGACAUUUAGUUUAACGGACAUUCUUUGCAUGUUCCGUGAAUGCACAGAAUGUUUGUGAUCAACUCCUAGCUUGCUAGUAGCUUACUCCACACAGAUUGCACCAUAUUGUAGGCACAAGCUCUGAAACUUGUUGGAAGACAUAGUGUGUCUCAUGUGGCGGCUUCAGAGCCAGCUUUUAGCACCCAGUACCCAUGUGUCCUAGCAGGACCCACCACUGAUGCCUGGCCUUGGCCCUGCUUUGAAAAAUGCUUCCAGCCUGACACCCUGAGCAGCAGCAGGUGGCUGGAUCUAGCUGCCAUUUUCAUUUCCACCGUAUGUCUAACAUAGCAUUUAUCAGGGCUGUGUGAGAAAUUAAUUUGAUUGCUAAAACCUGCCACCUGGUAUGGCUUGGAGUGCUGCUGCCUACCACUGCUAGAGAAGCCCACCAGGGUCCCAGUGACUGAGGCAGACCACCAAAGAGAACUUCCCUCCAGGCCCCUCAGUGGCAAAGCUGUCAAACUCUGGUAAAGGAAUUCAGAGCACAGUUUGCCAGCCAAGCAUCUGCAGACACGAGUGCCAACAGUAUGAAGGAUAUCAAUAGAAUUCCCCUCAGAAAUUCACAAUGCAGAAGAUGGGGAGCCAUGCCUGCACUAUUUUGUAUUUCUGUCCCCUUUUCUCCUGUUUCAGAUGUGGUAGCCAUUUUGUGUUGUGCCACACAUCCCAUGGCAGCCAUUUUGUGACUGCUACCCAUAUAGCUGUCUCAGUCCUGUCCUACAAUGAAAUGAACCAAAAGAAGCUGGAAUUCAAGGGCUUGUCUCCUUAUGUGAGAAAGUGAAGUCUGAAUAGUACAUAUGCUGUGUGAACAAAGCAUAUAAAUUUAGGAUGGUGGUAGUUCCUAAAUUAUAGGUAUUUUAGCCCUGCUGUUCAAAAGGAAAACUUUACAGUAGACACAAUAGCUGAAAGUUGUUGCUUGCAAUGAGAUCUCUUCAAGUUGUAACAAAGGCAGCGCUCCUAACAGUUUAUUGAUUUAGAAACUGAUUUCAAUCCCAUUCAUCAUCCUUUCCCGUUAUUUCUGCGAAAUAGAUAGUGCCUUUCAGCUGUCAGUGUGUGUCAUCUUGAAUCAUAGCAAAUAAUUAUUGUCCUCUAUUAAAAACAAAAUGAUAUCUGAUAAAUUACUUGGCAGCAUCGGGGUACUUUCGAUCCCAGAAAAGAAAAGAUAUUUCUAAUGAAGAGGAAAGUGAAAUAGAUAACGUACACAAUGACAUUACACUUGACAGUUACAAGAUAUCACUGUAUGAGCAAAAGAAAAGAAAUAAGAUGUUUUCUGAAGAAUAUAUUAUAAAUCAGGAUCUUCCUAACAGAAAUCAUGGUACUUUGGAUAAGAUGUGAGUUUGUCCAGAUGUUUCAGGUGUAAUACUUUGUAUAUUUCUUUAGGUAUUGUAUGUUGUACAUUCUAGUCACCCAUGCCACAUUACCAACCCCUGUAGAUGGUGCCUACUGAAAUGGAGUGAAAGCACAAAAACAUUCAAGAGCCAGUCUGUGCAGACUGGGCGAGCUAUGUUUUAAGAAGGGAAAACCUGAUUCUUGGAAAAACUCUCACAUCAGGGGGAAAGUUUUUAACUAGAAGUUUUUUUUAAAAAGUUUGGGCUGGUUUUUUUUUAAUUGGGAAAAUAUUGUAACAUGUAAUCCUCCCUGCCAGGACACUCUGAAGUGAUACAAUCCCAGUGGAGCUCCAUUGCAUAAUUAUUCUAAAUUUGUAGGCUGGCUCUGGCUCAAGUUUCUCACCUGUAUUUCAGAUUUACUGUUGCAACCAAUUAAUUUUUUGCUGAGGGUUUGCAAUAUCUCCUUUGCAGCACUAAGGGAAGAUACACUGGGCUUAUGUUUUAUGUGCUCCAAUUACUUUGGGUCCAACUUACUUACUUAUAUAUUUUAACUUUUUGAGAGAUUCUUUAAAAAAAAAAAAAUGCACUCAUUGAAAAACGUCACCAUUCAAUUGUGGCCUGAAUUUCUCUUCACUUCCAAGAUGUUUUCCUUAGACAUAACUGACUCUCAAUAACCAUGACUAAAGGAAAAACUUGCAAAAGUUGGAACACGAUUCAAUGCCAAAUGGUUCAAAUAAAUGGUUCACCAAUGCUGUGCCUUUUCCUCCUUUGCUUUUAUCUUUUAAAUUUAAACCCAGUCCUCACUCAGGGACUUUACUACCUCAGUUUACUUCCAAAUGCAUGCAGAAGACCCCAAGUUUAUUCUCCAGCAUCUUCAGAGAAGGCUAGAAAUUUCCCCUGCCCGAAACCCUGGAGAGCCCCUGCCAGUUGUGUAGGCAUUACUGGGCUAGAUGAACCAAUGGUCUGACUUGGUAUAAGGCAGCUUCCUAUAUUCCUAACUGUUUCUACAUUAGCUUAAGCUGAAGGUUAUUUGGGUAAAGCACACUGAGUCACUUAAGUCUACAGCUCAGCUUCCCAUCCCUGCAGAUACUAUUCCCACCACUGGCUUUCCUCUUUCUCCACUUGCGCAGCAAAGUUUCUUCAUCUUUCAUAGCAGAUCAGCUAUUAGUUGCAAAACUAGGUAAAAACCCAGGGACCUUUGAACAUUGUUGCAUCUCUUUGCCAACAGUAUCAUAGGCAUCCAUUUUUCCAUUCUUCAAAUAGCAGCAUAGUUCAAUUUUUUUGAACUUGGACCUUCUGUUUUCAACUUCCCAAUCCAACAAUAAUUUGUCCAAAAUAUGAAUGAAUUGAGGUUCUUGUGCAUAUUUGUAUAUGCUCUGCUGCAUGCAAAGAUUUGCCACUAGCAUUAGGUGCAGAAGAGAACAAGACAGCUUCAAACCGUUUGUUAAACUAGAUUCAGGCUGCAAUCCUAUACACACUUACCUGGGGUGAAGUCCCAUUGAACUUAGGGGAACUUACUUCUGAGUAUUGCAUGCAGAAGUUCCCAGAAUUCAACACCUGGCAGCUCUGAUAUUUCAGACAGGUGGCUUUCCAAGCUCUACCUGAAGAUGCUAGAUGUUGAAUUCUGCAAUACAUGGGCUCUACCACUAAGCUACAGCCCUUGCAGUAAGCUCACUUUGUCCUUCCACUUGGAGCUCUCCAAGGUCCUGCAACUCCAGCAUUACCUAGACUCAAUCACCUUCAGGCAACUUGGUAUCCGCCAAAUCCAGUUAGCUUUGGCAAUUGAACUAUGUGAUAGGCCCUCAGCGUAUUCUUUGAGGCACAGAUGAACUGAGUCCUGAUUAUUGGUUGCUAGCUUCUUCUCUACAAACCUUCUAUGAAUUCUUAUUCCUUAUGGCUUCCAGAAAGCAGGCAAGUGACUGGCAUAUCUUCUUAACUUAAACAUCCCACUUCAGAAAGUCCUGAACCAGAAUCUAGGACAGCCUAUCCCUGUCAGAUCCCUUGAAAUUCAGUAAUCUCUGAUACAACCUCCAGUUCUUUCUACAUUUUUAAUAUUUGGUUAAGGGACUUAAUAUAUUUUCAGGAUACAGUAACUGUUGGCUUGCUAUGGUUGGCUUCUUUCAUUUUCAGUAAUGAACAUCUGGUCAUCAUUUUCUGGCACCUCUCCAUUAUGGAAAUAUUGCAUGUUUCAUCGGUGUCCAGAUGAAUGGAAUUCUGCUACAAUUUAUAACCUCAAAGUAAAAAGGCGAGCUGAGAAAAGAAAGAGGAAAAAAUGAGACUGAUGUAGAAGAGUUUGUGAAAUGAAAGAGGCAGUAAGAGAAUAAUAAGGAACUGAGUGGAUAUAUCCAAGUAUCACCUGAUUCUGAUAGUUUAAGCAUUAAAUAAGCUUAAGCUAUCAUUUCAAUUUGCACUUCAUUUUUCUGGGGGGGAAAAGCAUCACUAAGAGCAAAAUUGAAAAUGUACAGGCAAAUCAUUAUUGAUGGGAAGAAAUCGUAAAAAUUAAAAUACGCAGUUGAGAACAGGUCCAGCUUUUCUAUUGUUCUUUUCCAAAUGUGUUAGUAAUCCUUCCUUGACCUUUCACACCAGUGACUUUCAAGUCCAUCUUCUUGUCACUUCCCUUAUGCAAACUUAAAGCAGAAAACCUGUUCCUUCUCCUCUGUACACGUGUGACCUACUUUAAAACAGCUUCGAGUCUCCAGUUUCAGUAUUUUUCCCCUCGUGGCUCUCACAAAUUUCCCCCUCUAUUCCUUUCCCCAAACAACAUGCACACUACCUACCUACUUCUUCUGCCUUAUCAAUCUUGAGUUGCCAUACGUGAUACCUCUCAAACACAAAGGGGUUGUAUUCACCUAAAUCCUACUCAGAGUAGACCUGUUAAAAGUUAGCCAUAUCAGUUAAUGUCAAUGGGUCACUCUCAAUAGAAUUAGCAUUGAAUCCCCCCCUCCCCAGGCUUCUCUAGUUUUCAGCAAGUUUGCCUGUUAAACACAACUCAACACAACUGACUUAAAGGGAUCCAUUUUACAGUGCCGUCAAUAGAGUAUGCAGUGCACUUUCAGUUUUGACUGCUGGUAGCUCACAGAGGAAAUAAGACAACUCUUAGCACUAUAUGGUAUUAUUGUUUGGGUGUUUGUGGGCUUAAGGGUAAAGGACAGACAUAUGCAGCUGAAGUUUUCUCUUUCUCUUGUGGUUUUUUUUUUGGGGGGGUGAACAUAACACUUCUCCAAAAAAUCUGCUUAAUUGAUGAAAUGUUGGGCAUUGGGUGUGUUGAGAGUGUGCAUUUCAUGGCUUUAAGUGACAAGGACAAAUUAUUGGCAGAGUUGUUAAAUUACAAUAUAUUAUAGAUUCCAGGUCUAUGGUUCUUUAUUUUGUUUAAUAAGGUUCACAAAUAUGCUAUUUGGUGGUGGUGGUGUUUGUGUGUACAUGCGCACCCUUUUAGCAAAUCUGUAUUUUCAGUCAUAAUCCAAAGCAAAGUGGAUCUUUUUUUUCUUCUUUCAGGUGAUAUUUUUCUUUACAAGAACACCAAAUGAAAGCCAUAUGGUUUGCUAGAAUUUAAUUUGAUUCCAUCUUUGUUGUGCGAGGGUGUAAUUUAUAUAAUUCCUUAAAAUAAACGAUUUCCCCCAUAAAUUAGUCAUCUUGUGGGUUUUCAAAAAAUGUCACAGCUGCCACACAGCCAAAGAUAAAUUAUAUAGAAUUUAGCUGAAUAGAAAGAAGCAAAAUUAGUUUUCUAUUGCCUCAGGUUAAUCAGACCCCUGGGGGAAGUGGGAGGGAGACUAUCACUCUGGAAGUAAUAAAAACGUCUUUUGAUGUUAAAGUUGCUCAAGACUCUGUCACAUUUUGGCUGGUCCUAAUAAAAGUAUUGCCAUACUAUGGUUUUGGGGUUUUUUAGGUGAUGACUUUCCAUCCCACCCUACUGAAACAUGCCAGAUAUGCCCUGACAGAAAAUUCUGUAGCCAUUUUGCUUGUGAUACAGAUUUAGUGAAUGUUCAACACAGCUUCUUAAUAACACCAAAAGUGUGUUCACCCCUUGGAUCCAGACAGUUCGCGAUGCUCUUUCCUCAUUAUAACCUGCAGAGCCUUUCUUGUGGGUACAGAGGGCUUGUGAAAAGAUCUCCAAUAAAUAAGCCGAAAAUCUGUUGCUCUUUGUCUUCUAUAUAAUAUGAGAGCGCAAUUAGGGAAAGGGAAAGAAAAGACUAAAUAGAGCAGGAUUCUUUGGAGCUGAAAGGUGUGGAGCAGUACAGGUUGCAUUCUUACAAGCUCUAUAGAGCUACUUCACCACAAUCAGGGCUAUCUCUGACGCAAGAGGAAGGUUGGAGGAAGAAAAUACAUUUCUUCUCUAUAGAGAUAAUUCCGCCUGUGAACCUGCUUGCUAAAAAUAGUUAGAAGGCAUUUAUGGUUUAAACGUGAGCUGGACCCAGCAUGUUCUCAAGCAUGUUUUCAAGAGUGGGUGAUGUGGAAACAGCCCCACAUUUUUGUCAAGCUCUGCACAAUAUGCAGGAAAUAUUAAUGCUUUUGACUCUGUGGUUCCACCACUUCAGAAACAACUGCUUGGCCAGCCUAGCGUGUGAUUAAACUUUAGCACCUUUAUUCAUUUUCUGUAACAGGAAUCUAAUUUCUGUGGCAUUUUUAAAUGUGUUUGAGGGGGGAGGUUAUUGGUUCUUUUCUCUCUCUUUUUGUGACGUAUUUUGUGUUUUUAUGUUGUGAACCACCCUGUAAUCUUCAGCUGGUGGUGGUAUACUAAAUGAAUAAAUGAAAUGGGGCAAUUUGCAUUGGGUAAUUGGUAAUAAGGGAGGAAGGGUUGAGACACUAUGGCAGAGCUUUCCAAAGUUUUCAUGUUGAUUACAGGCUUUUUAGACGUGCAUUGUUUCACAACACAGUAAUUCAGUUUUAUUAGCAAACCGAAGGUUAAACUAGCCCCUUUCCAACCGUGGGUGGAGCGCAAGGAGCGUUCCUGCAACACACCUAAAUGCUGCAGCCGACACACUAAUGUGUCGCAACACACAGUUUAGAACGCUCUUCACUAUGGUGCUGAUCCAGAUUAGACCCCCAACUCCAGCUAUUUUUUUACAAAGGAAAAAUACAGUGGUCAUCCAGUCAGAUUCCCUGCAUCACAUUUACUUUUGCCCACAGUCUCCUGUCACUGUCUCUUAUUCAAAAUGUUUUCAAAUUAAAAUAUGCAUUUUAUCUUACAGUUUCUACAGAUCAAAUGAAUUCGGAAUGACAUCCAGUCCCUUUGGAAACCAAGAACAUAAUAAUUCACAGACUUCCCCAUGUGGAAAUGUGAGCUGCUGCUUCUUGCUGGCUAGCAACAUCUUUGACUCAAUUUUUAUGGGGCAGGAAAGUGAAUUAACUUCUUGAAAUGGACAUUACCAUUCAAAACUUAGAAAUUCCAUUUCUUAUAUGUUCUAAAGCUGUACAAUUGUCAGAUUUAUAUGGUUUAGAUUGUAAAUGUGUUUUUUCCUGGCUAAUUAUUGGUAUUAUUUUUUUAAUUUUGAUGUCAGAAGGCCAAUGAAUUGUAUGAUAAUAUGAAGGACAUAUUUAAAAUGAAGG